CGCGUCCUUCAUGGAAGCAUCUCAAAACAUUCAAUCUUGGAGUUUAAUAGCUACACUACUAAGAUAAUCGUUUACUGCGAUAAGAAAUAAGAAAAGCUGACAGAAAUAUUGGAAGGUAGGUUUACAGUUAGCUGGGAUAUGUACCUUAAUUAAUAGCGACUUAGUGUAAUUUAACGACUUAUAACACAUUGAAAUAAAAGAGACUUUAGUUAAUAGCAUGUACGGCAGCCAGUAUACGCAAAGACGACGCGACCUAAAAAAUUAUAGGCCCGCUUAUCAUGUAGUGCUUUGGGCUAAAGAUUGGGAAUUCAUUACAAAAGAGGUAUGCUUGGCCGUUUAUACAAGCCGACGAAUCUGGGAAGGAAUCGUUACAGGAAUCACGCCUAUAAACAUUUUCUUCGCCUGUUUAUAUUUAGGCUUCAGCACGUAAAAUAAAUUGCUUGAUUCUCGUGAAUACAUUAUGAAAUGUCGAGUAGGUUGGAAGUUUAUAUUAAAAUUUCUUUAAUUUAAAGAUACCAAGAAAUAAAAACCGAUGUGAAAUAUAAAAAAAACUUAACUGUCUUGAAGUACUUUGUCGGACGGGACAUUAUUAUUGUAUGUAUGAUGAAAUACUAGAAAUACCUGCAUGCAGAAACCCAUCUCCUUCAUUGCAAAAAUAUGGCUGUUUGGCAGCAAGCAAGAUUUCAAGAAGAAUUAAUUUACUAUGAAAAAUCGCAAAAUAUAGUGAAAGUUUUAUAGUGCAUUUUGUUACUUUAAUUUCUUAUCUCAAACAUGCAAUGCUUUCCUUUUUAAGAAAGCUGUACAUUUCCUAAAUUACCGAUUGCAACAACGAUUUUAAAUUGAAAAGAAAUAUCAGGAUAUCAAACACGCAGUGAAGCGUUACAUUAUGACUCGUCAUUGAAAAUUUUCCUAUGGAAUGCGUAACAUAGCCUUGAGUCAAAGAAAAGUAAAUUUCGACACAAACGAUAACCGAGUUAAACUUCGGCGCGUAAAAUCAAUUAACUUGCUUCGAAUAUUGUGAAGAAAAACGUGUUUACAAAAACAAAUAUGAGGGCAAUGCUUCAGUUCUCCAGUUGUUUCUAGGAACAAGGCAUAAUAUCAAGCAAUUAGAAUACGGAAGCAAAGCUAAAAUAUCGUGGGGAACAAGGGAACUUUUAAACUCUGGGAACAUGCAGCGCGGUGAAAUCUCAGCGGUUAUGGAGAAAUAAUUAUAAUAGAACGGUUUAAGGAACGACCGACCCAACCUCGUUCCCAGGCUCUUCCCUCUUGUGGAGGAAAGACCCUGGCUGGGGCUGGCUGCGUGGCACGAACAGCUGGGCAUUCUGUUGUCGCUGUCUAAAUAUUGCGGGCGCAUUUCUUUAACAAACAUUUUGAUUCUUCGAACACUGAACAUAUGCAUUGUGAGAGGAUUUUUUGUCCGCUUUUACUGGUUUGUUCAUGGAAAAUAAAGUGUUUCUUGAAAGAUUAAGUUGUAGUGCUUGUACGCAACGAUAUAACGACUUAGUCGCAUGAAAACGUGCGAAGAAUUUUUAUUUACAAAUGGACGACAAGUGGAAAUGUUUCACUCAUUGUCAGAGUUUCAGAAGCAGUGUACAGCAGUAUAGAAACAAGGAAGUGUUCAUAUUUUACUCUUGAUAAAAGCUGAGUUGUUGUUGUUUCCACAGGUAUGUUCAAUAAUUUGUUUGUCCUUCUUCAUCUGGAAUAAUAAGUGUCUUAAAAUACAUAUUUUGAUGAAAAUGACACAUAUUACUCUUGCAAUUUCGUAAAAAGUGUCCGUUGCCUUUAGUUAGAAAAUAUAUUUUAUGAAAGUUAAAUCAUACCUUGUUUUAUUAAAACCUGAGCUGUUCAUGGAAAAAAUGUGCUAGAUGUUGUAAUUGACAAAUCCACUUGUGGAGUGAAAAUGUCAUGUUGUCACAUGCUUAUGAAAUUGCUCGUGUAUUGGUUUGUUAUGAAGUAAAAAUUGCUGCAAAAAUGCUUUUGAAAAUGUUCAAGUAUUGGUUGUUAUGAGAUAGGAAAUGCCGUAUUGAUUUGUUCAGUUUUAAGAGUCUAACGGCAAUCCUGAAUAUAGGCAUGCUUGCUUUGUGAAAUUCUGUGGUGAUAAGGCAAAUAAAUAAAAAUAUCUUAAAAUUUUGCCCAUUGCCUCUCUUCGAAAUAUGGCUUAAAACUAUCCUUAUUAGUUAACCUUCAUGCAAAAGUUAGUGGGUAUGCUGGGAAAAAUGCGCACGGCACUUUUUUUGGACACUGAAGAUGGUAACAUUUGAUGUUGUCGUAUAUUGCCAUCCUCUUAUCAUAGCAUAACUGAACUUAUUUUAGUGAGUUUGUUAAAGAGUUGUGCUCAUUAUAUGCCGGUAGUAUCUAAGAUUUUUUCAUAGCAUUAUAUGACAAAUUUAAGUUCUGCUUUCUUUUAGUUUUAGGUGAUAUGUAUCUGUUCACUUGAGUGGUAUCAAAUUUUGGACAAGAUUCAAUUAUUAUUUCGCAUUCCUUUAUUCAAAUAUCCAAAUAAAUGGAAUUAUAUGACAUCAAGCUGGAGGACUAGAUUCUGUUUCCAAACUUGUUUUUGUAAAAAUAGAAAAUAACAACUUAUUCUGUGUUGUUCUAAUAAAAACUGUUUUUGAUAUGCAUAUUUAAUUUUUAAAAUUACAGUCAUUCUUUGUUAAAUGGGUACCAGGAAUACUGAAAUCUUUCAGAUCAGCUACCAAUUCCCUUUAUAACUUAUGUAGCCAAGUGUUAUAUCUAUUUCUGUUCAGAUUAAAGAAAUGAUGGGUAAAAUAUUAGUUUACAAAAUUAAACAAAAUUACAACUGAACAUUUAGCUAGAUUCCUUUGUAAAAUCGGCACAAAGCGACUAUAAAAUACAGGCCUUCGAUUUAAAACAUAACUACACAGCCUGUCAACUAACUAUCCGCAUACAAAUAAGUAAACACACAAGAGACAUACCUUUGAAAACAAUCUCCUUGUGUUCUAUUAAGUCUUUGGAUCUUUAUAAGCAGAAAAUUUGAAUAUAAAUCUUUCCUGUUUGAAUGUUUGCUCCCAAAAGAUCGAACUUAGCGCGCUGGUGUGAAAAAAUUGAAUUACUACAACACGUGAUAUAUUCUAAGCAUGGUAAUUGGUUGAAACUAAUUUGGAACUUCCACUUGGCGCAAAUUAUAUACAGCAGAAUUCAGCAGCAGGACAUUCCAGAAGUUCAAAUUGCAGAUUUACGCAGCAAAUCAGAGCAAUGACAGUAAAUUAAUUUGACGAGAAAAACUCGAUCGUCGCGCGCGAUUGAACAAUAAGAAGCCGAUAUUGGUAAUAUUAAAAGCAAUCUGAUUUGGCAACAUUUACGAAAAAGCGCGUCGGCCAGCUAGAUCUUGUGUCUUUAUCGGAUGAUUUUACACGAACUGCAGGCUGAAACUAUACGAAUUUGUAUAGCAAAUAUCGCCCUAAUUCAAGGUUGAACAAACUUGAAUAUAGUUUCGGCCAUUUCUAUGGAUUCCUAUGUGCAAUGGUCGAGUUAUAUUACACAGGCCGAGUAAAAACUAGGCGGAAUAUUACUCGAUAUUUUUACUCCUACUAUACGAUUAAUUGUGAAGUAAAAAAUAUGAAGCAAAAUUUACUCGGUUAUUUUGAUUAUGAGUAAAAUUUACUCCGUUAUUCUGUUUGUGAGUAAAAUUUACUCCGUUAUAUUUUACUCCUUUAAGUGGAGUUAAAUUGACCCUCAGUGGAGUAUAUGUUCGAAUGCAUAUAUCGAAGACGUAUAGGAGUAAAUUUAAUUUCAAAAUUCUAACUCCCAAUUUUUAAUUCUCAGUGGAGUUGAAAUUAACAGUGAACACUCAACUAAAUGACCAAUAAAAUGUUGGUUAUAAUAACCUAUAUAAAUUAGUCGAAAGAUGAUCAAUUUUUUCGACCAAUUUGUAAUAGUCAAAGGAACCAAAUUUAAUCGGUCAAAUGCGACUAACUAAUUAAACAAUUGGUCAAAAUUAAAUGACCAAUUGCCAAUGGUUGCAACCUAAAAAAUUGGUCAUUUUAACCAAUCAGUUUUUACAGUGUAUAGAUGAACUGUUAUCAAGAGUAACCUUGCAACGGAAGACCCUAACCACAUACAAAAUACAAAAAAUAUUAAUAAUAAAGUUGAGGUCAAAAUGUACAUACGACUACGUUAAGAAUAAUGUUAAAUAAGUUCUCAUUUCAGUUAUUUAUUGUUACACUAUUAUUUCUUUUGUAGUGUGCAGUAUAAAUAUCAAUUAAUAUAGCCUAGACAUUUUCUGUAUAUUUUCUUUUCUAGUGAAAUGGCUUUUAGCAUGAAAAUUUGUCUAUUGGUUGUAGUAAUGUUGGCGGUAUUUGGAGUGAAUGGACAUAACCCCAAAAUGAGCUCCGUUUGCGAAAAAGGUUCGUCUUAAUAUCCGUUGCAUUCGUAUAGGCAAUACGAAGGCUACACGCUUUACUUGCAUGGCGAGGACGAUAAUUUUGAAUUUGAAUACAAUACCAUUUAUAAUCAUAUUUGAUGUUUUAAAAUUUUAGUACGAAAGCUAGAAUCAGUAACAUAGAAAGGUGGGAUACUAAGGAUGAUAGUAAAGGUUAUUUUUGUAAAUGAUUGAUCAAAAUUAACUUGUAAAAUCCCCCUCCACCAUUUCAAUAUUGCUUUAGGGCAAUAAAGCACAAAACUACUUCAGAUAACAUCUUAAUUUUAGUCUGAGAACAUUGAAAAGGAGGGAAGGGGCUAAUUAUUCUGUCGCAACCUGAACAGUCCACACAUUUUGUCACUUAUUGCAGCUGAACGCUUGUGCAGGGUAUAUUUCCAUCGGGUGUUAUUUUUGACAAUCCCAUAUGCCAGAUACCUCUUUUCAAAAUCAUACAAAAUUAAAUAUUCAUGCACUAUAUAUGAAAGUUUAUAACUCGUUCCAAAUAAUUAAAUGCCCACUCUGAAAGCUAUCAUUUUAUUCGCAUGCACAUUUGAACAGCAUGUUUUUUCGUUCAACAUCAUUCUAAAGCUAAGGAAAUAAGUAAAUAAGUAAGCAACAUAUUAACCAUAAUAUUUAACGUUACGGUCCUCACAAUUUUGUCAGUAUUUUAUUGUUAUUUCUAUUAGUAUCAUCGUUAUUAUCAUAGACGGAUUUUCAGAUUGUACUCGGCUCCCUACGAAAUUCAAGGGGAAACGAGGUAAACCAGCGGUUGCGUAAUGCUGCCAAGUGAACUGCAGCUGGUGUGAAGUGAAAUUCCUGACCUCUACGAAAUACCUGACCAAGCGUAUCGGGUCAGAAAUUUCGCGUGUACAGGCGCGAAAUACAUGACGCUUGCUAAAUUUUAGGUCGACCAAAACUUUUCUUAGAGUUUAGAUAAAAUAAUCAUGAUGUUAAUUUCUAAUAAAUGUUACCAAAUGUUUCUAAUAUAGACAUCGCCAAAUCUAAACAGCCAACUCACGAACUCAUUGUCGCUGCUUACUAAAUAGUGAGAAUUGAGAAGGUCAAACGCGAAACGAUUUUUGGUGCUUAUAGUAAUGCAUAUAGCAUAACCUUUGAAACUGGAGUCUAUUUUAUACCACUAAGUGUAAGAGCGCUUUUCGAGUGACUUUUUCCAUAUCUGCGAUUCAAGCUUUAUUAUCGCUGAACGCUAACGUUCACAAUCAGUGGUAUAGUGUCAAUUAAGUUGAUCAAUUGUAGAAUUGAUGUUUGAAAAUUUAUGUAUAAAUAAAAUUACUUUAUAAGUACACGUGUUGUCUGUUGUGUUUCCAAGCCAAAGUCAUUCAUGCGCAUCGUCUGCGCAUAGGCAGUUCUACAAUAGUCAGAUAAGUCAGAAAUUUUGCGUCACACCGGGGUCUGGAUACCAGAAAAUGGAAACUCUUUAAAUUCCUAAUUUUGAUCAUACUACCGUGAUUUUAAUGUAAUGAUCAUUUAAAUAUCUUGGAAAGAGAUAUUAUUAGCACUCAUGAAGAUCCGGGCUUACGGAUCGAAAGCUUUGCAGUAAUAAAUUUACGUGGUGUUUCCACAAACAAAAACAAUUAUAUUUUAUCGCCAUGCAAACAUUCAAAGAACUUAUCUUGGAAAGAGUUGCAAAUGUCUCUAGGUAUGGUACCUGGGCUUAAGAUGCAGGGGGGGGAGGGGGGAGGGAAUAGCAACAGCCCCCCCCCCAAUUUUUUUUUUAAAAACCAUGGAAAUUCGGGCAAAUGCUAGGAAAAAUCAAGAAUAUUCGGGCAGAUAAAUCACAAAAUAGGUUAAAUUCAGGUAAUUUCAUUGCAAUUCUCCAAAAAAAUUCGGGCAAACUUUUUGACUACCCCCCUCCCCCCCUGAAAUGCAUCAGCCCCGUACACCUACGGUACUAUGGUGGGAAGUUUUUCUGAGGGAAUCGGUAAAUUUAUUUUUGGGGGUAGGAGGGAUCUUACCCCGCCUCCCAUAUUAUUAUUUUAUUAUUAUUUUAUCAGUAAAUCAUUUAAUUUCAUUGGAAUUUAUUUUCCCACAAGCUGGACAAGUAUAAUCUAUUAUGAAUUGGCAUAUCCAUUGAAAUAUGCAGGCGAUAUUGUUUAAGUAAAAUUCUUCAAUGUUGUAAUAUAUUUUAUGACUUUGAAUGGAAGUUUCAAGAUGGUGUAACUUAAAUUAUUAGUGGUUAGUCAUUGGGAGGCUGAACCGCAAUAACGCAAAUUACGCUAAAAUACGUCCCACCUAAUUGCUGCUCUAGGUCAUGGAUGCUAAAUUAUAACAGGUUCAACAAUCAGUCCUAUUAUAUUUCAUUUCAUAAGUAAUUAAUUAGGUCUAAGCCCCUACUUUAAUCUUACACAACUCUACUUAUAUAGAUUCAGAAACAACUUUCAGCGAGUCCUUGUUUGAAGACCCUUUCAGCGUUACGGUACGCGAAGCUGUGUUAAAUACAAUAUUUUUUCAAAAGAUGGUUAACAAUACUCUGACCCCAGAAGAAUAUGGUGGUUACAUGGUACAAGAUGCGGCUUUUAUUUUUGAUUAUGUAACCGCUUUCAAAAUGGCCGCUACGAACAUGCAAGAUGAACAACCCCGAGACUUUGCCUUAUUCUAUCGUGGCCGGUCUGAAAGCUAUACAAAUUACGGCAGUUACUUUUACCAGAAAUGGAAUCUUAAAAAUUCAGAGAGCGUGAAAAUGGGUCCAGCUGUUGCAACAUAUGUGGAAUUUGCAAAGAAUCUUGCGCAAAGAAGAGCUAAAUAUCUAUCAAUUGGUAUUCUUCCAUGUGACAUGCUGUGGCCGUGGGUGGCAACACAACUUAAUGAAACAGUCUCGCAAAACAACGUUUAUCGAUCAUGGGUAGAUGACAACUUACCCCAUGGCAUUUCAACCACUCAGAGUUUUGUCAAUAAGUUUUUCACUAAAGAUGAUAAGGAUAAUUGCCAGCCAAUUUUCAACGAAGGAAUUAUCAACGAGCUUAAUUUCUUUCGUUCAGCUUGUGGCGAAGAUCCAGUGUAUUAUUCCUUCGGUGACUCGACAAAAACAAAUUCUAAUCUUUGAAAAUUUAUCACUUUAUCUGGUUUCGAAACUUUAUUAAUUUUUUUUCAAGUUCUUUGAUUCCUUUUAAUAUCAUAAAAUAGAAUGCGCGUUGUAAAUUGCAAUCAGCAUUAAUAAGUAGUUCCAAUGUUGAGUAUACAGCAAUUUAAUAAAAGAGUCGAGUAAAGUUCUUCUAAUUUCGUAUUUUUCCCCAGGGAACUAUGUAAUUCCGCUCAGCUAUAUUUACACCCGGAAAAGGAAAAGAAAAUAAGAGAAAAGAAAAGAAAAGGAAGGAAGGGAAAGGAAAAGAAAAGAAAAGAAAAGAAAGGAAAAUAAAAUAAAAGAAGGAUUAGCGAAAUCUAAAGUUAAUCAACAGCUGUGGAUGCAUGGCUAUGUUUGUGAGUUUAUCGUCCAUGAUUGAAGUCCUCGUUGAUCUCAAUAAUGUGCUUGUUUGCCAGGAGUGAAGGAGGCAAAGGAUUGAAAUAACAUGAAAGAACGGUUGAAAAAAUUGUUUCAGGAAUUGAUUCAGAAUGGAAAAUCCUGAAAAAUAUAGAAUAAGUUUGUUUUGACUGUUCAUGAAUGACUUUGUUGUUCAAGUUUGGCCAAAUCUGUUGAGACAGAUGGCCGAAAUUCCCAUUAUUUUGACAAACUUCUUCGAUCCCCCCGCCCCAUUUCCAAUGUUGGAUCUCAGCUAGUAUCUUAAUUUGGUGUGUACUCGGGUAAGGAACAUGGGAGGGAGAGGGGGAAAGAGAUAUAAACAUUUGUAAUAUUUUGCAUAUAUCCACUAAAUAAAUUAUUUAAAACGGCAAGUGUCCCAACCACUUUUGAAAAUGAUUGUAGUUUUGCUGGUGCACGUAACUAUUGAAUAAUUUAUUGGUAUAUCAUUUACAAUUGUAUACAUGACAGGAUUACUGCAAUCCGAUUGGCUAAGAGGAGUUCAAUUAUUUCAUUAAUUAUUUAUUUUCUGUAAUCAGUGGCAAAUACUGAAAUUUCAUUGGCUUACAGGAGUGCGAUUUGAGCAUUAAUUGCACCAUUUCUGAGCUGUAAUCGUAACCUUGUCUACAGUCAAUGAAAAUCAGUCUAGUAUUUACAACUAGCCAAUCAGCAUUCAGAAUACAAACUUUGAAUUUUAUUUUCUUUAUUGUUGUAAAAAUUCUCAAAAUGGAGGAAUUCACAGAUUU